UUAACUGAUACCAGCAGCAUCCAACAACCCUUUACUAUUUUACCAGUUAAAACAAAAUGGAACAAUGCAAACUUUCAUAUUCUCUUAUUUGAUCUGGACAAACUUGAGGAACUUCUACUGUCAUCUCAACUCAAUGGAUUAAAGUCAUCGAAUUCAUUCCAUAACUUUGAAACUCUAGAAAGAGCCAAAAGUACUACCGAGAAAAGGGUACCGACAUUAAAAAGAAUUAAAACUGCUGGCUCCAUAUCUCCAGUGGAUGGGCAAGUAGAUACUGUUUGUUCAGACCAGGUCUCUAGGGAUAAUAACGCAGCUAGGCCUUUGGAAGAAAGUAGUGGCAUGAAAAGACAGAAAAAAAUGAAGAAUUCAAGAAAGACUAGAAUGGAGCCAUCAGGAAACAUUGAUGUGAACAUCGCCACUGAUGCAGCUAAACUGCUUUUGUCAUGUCUCUUACCGUGGGGUGUAGAUAAAGAAAUAGACGAUCUUUGUGUUAGACACUUGGAUAUCUUGAGGCUUCAGCGUCCUGUUUCUUUUGGACUUGUGUCAAAUGAAAACCACCUAUCACUAAUGUUGCCAGGAUGGAAACGUACUGAUAGUGGUGCGCUAGAAGAACAUGUAGUAAUCAACUUCCUUUCAAAAAGAGUGCUUGAUUUAUCAAACAAGUACCUUGCUGCAACUGAAGGACAAACUGGAAAGAAGGAUGGACCUGAGAAUAAUGUUGAUGGAACAAAGGGAUUGGAAACAGUAUUCUUCUUAUUUAGCAGAAUAGCUUUAAUCAACAGGAUAAUUAACAUACCUUCAGCAGUUACAGGUGAAACUGAAAGUCCACAGAAAUCAGAAUCUGGACAUUACAAACGUCGAAAUACAGAAGUAACAAUUUCGUUCCCCAGUUUCUAUGGAGAGUUACCAAGUAGUAAAAGUAGGUAUAAUUCCCCGGACUUUGGGAGUGCUUCGUUGCUGAAACUCAUUUGUUGUUGGAGUGACCAAUCUAUAAAGGUUAUUGAGGCAAUGCAGGCAGUGCUGCUGGCAGAAGUUCAAAGGACUAUGAAUACCUUGAGAAAGACAGCAAUCUGCAGAGAGCCAUUGGCCAUAGUAGAGAAUGGAAAUGUCAGUGCGCUGAAGCAUGACAAGAGCUCAAACUCGGCAAACUUCCAAGAUGUGGAGGAUACGCCUGACAGAUGUGUCUUGGAAGAGUCCGAGAGUCCAGAUGACAUGAAGUCACAUCCCUGGAUAUCUAAGGUGUGCUCCUGUAAACUGUGUUAG